GCUCUCCGGGUUGUGUGGUCUCCCCCCUCCACUCCCACUACGGGUCGCGACUGGGGGCGGCCCGGGAGCGGGGACGCGGCCUCCCCCUCCCACCCCUCCCCUUUCUCCAGGGCUUCGAUCCAAGAUGGCGGCGCUGAGCAGCGGCAGCAGCUCCGAGGGGGCCUCGCUCUUCAACGGGGACAUGGAGCCUGAGCCGCCGCCUGGAGCUGGGGCCUCGGUCCCGGGAGGCAGCGGCGGCGGCGAGCCGGCCAUCCCCGAGGAGGUAUGGAAUAUCAAACAGAUGAUUAAAUUAACACAAGAACACAUAGAGGCGCUGCUUGACAAGUUUGGAGGAGAGCAUAACCCACCAUCAAUAUACUUGGAGGCCUAUGAAGAGUACACCAGCAAGUUAGAUGCCCUACAACAAAGGGAACAGCAGUUAUUGGAAUCCAUGGGGAAUGGAACUGAUUUCUCUGUCUCCAGCUCAGCUUCAGCAGACACAGUUACAUCAUCUUCCUCCUCUAGCCUCUCUGUAGCACCUUCAUCCCUUUCAGUUUAUCAGAACCCCACAGAUAUGUCUCGGAAUAACCCCAAGUCUCCACAAAAACCUAUUGUUAGAGUCUUCCUACCCAACAAACAGAGGACAGUGGUUCCAGCAAGAUGUGGGGUGACAGUCCGGGACAGUCUAAAGAAAGCUCUGAUGAUGAGGGGUCUUAUCCCAGAAUGCUGUGCUGUUUACAGAAUACAAGAUGGAGAGAAGAAGCCCAUUGGCUGGGACACUGACAUUUCCUGGCUCACAGGAGAGGAGUUGCACGUGGAAGUCUUGGAGAAUGUGCCGCUUACCACACACAAUUUUGUACGAAAGACAUUCUUCACUUUAGCAUUCUGUGACUUUUGUCGAAAGCUGCUUUUCCAGGGAUUCCGAUGCCAGACUUGUGGUUAUAAAUUUCACCAGCGCUGUAGUACAGAGGUGCCACUGAUGUGUGUUAAUUACGACCAACUUGAUUUGCUGUUUGUCUCCAAGUUCUUUGAACACCACCCAAUAUCGCAGGAGGAGUCCUCCUUAGGAGAGACCACCCAGGCAUCUGGAUCGUACUCCUCAGUGCCCCCAUCAGAUUCUAUUGGACCACCAAUUCUCCCUAGUCCUUCUCCUUCAAAAUCCAUUCCAAUCCCACAGCCCUUCCGACCAGCAGAUGAAGACCAUCGGAAUCAAUUUGGGCAACGAGACCGCUCGUCUUCAGCACCCAAUGUGCACAUCAAUACUAUAGAGCCUGUCAAUAUUGACGACUUGAUUAGAGACCAGGGGUUACGAGGAGAGGGCGGUUCAACCACUGGUUUGUCUGCCACCCCACCUGCCUCCUUGCCUGGGUCCCUUACCAGUGUGAAAGCUUUACAGAAGUCCCCUGGACCACAACGAGAGAGGAAGUCAUCCUCAUCCUCAGAAGACAGGAAUAGAAUGAAAACCCUUGGUCGACGGGACUCAAGUGAUGAUUGGGAGAUACCAGAUGGGCAGAUUACAGUCGGACAAAGGAUAGGAUCUGGAUCAUUUGGAACAGUCUACAAAGGAAAGUGGCAUGGUGACGUGGCAGUGAAAAUGUUGAAUGUUACAGCACCCACCCCUCAGCAAUUACAGGCCUUCAAGAAUGAAGUAGGAGUGCUCAGGAAAACACGACAUGUGAAUAUCCUACUUUUCAUGGGUUAUUCAACAAAGCCACAGUUGGCUAUUGUUACACAGUGGUGCGAGGGCUCCAGUUUGUAUCACCACUUGCAUAUCAUUGAGACCAAAUUUGAGAUGAUCAAACUCAUUGAUAUUGCACGACAGACUGCACAAGGCAUGGAUUACUUGCAUGCCAAGUCAAUCAUCCACAGAGACCUCAAGAGUAAUAAUAUAUUUCUUCAUGAAGAUCUUACUGUAAAAAUAGGUGAUUUUGGUCUAGCCACAGUGAAAUCACGAUGGAGUGGGUCCCAUCAAUUUGAACAAUUGUCUGGGUCCAUUCUAUGGAUGGCACCAGAAGUAAUCAGGAUGCAAGAUAAAAACCCUUAUAGCUUUCAAUCAGAUGUAUAUGCAUUUGGGAUUGUUCUUUAUGAGCUGAUGACUGGGCAGCUACCAUACUCGAACAUCAACAACAGGGACCAGAUCAUUUUUAUGGUGGGACGAGGAUACCUGUCUCCAGAUCUUAGUAAAGUGCGAAGUAACUGUCCAAAAGCCAUGAAGAGGCUAAUGGCAGAGUGCUUGAAGAAGAAAAGAGAUGAGCGACCCCUCUUUCCACAGAUUCUUGCCUCCAUUGAGCUUCUGGCUCGGUCAUUGCCAAAAAUUCACCGCAGUGCAUCUGAGCCCUCAUUAAACCGGGCUGGCUUCCAGACGGAGGAUUUUAGUCUGUAUACUUGUGCUUCUCCAAAAACACCCAUCCAGGCAGGGGGAUACGGAGAAUUUGCAGCGUUCAAGUAGCCACAGCGCCAUGGCAGCACCUACUCUAUUAUUUAAGUCUUGUGUUCCUACAGUUUCUUAACGUCAAAAAUCUGUUCUGCUCCUCAAAACCUAAAGCAAUUUAGGAAAAGAUAUCCGUAAGCUUAGAGCGGAGCAGAAAGGAACUGCUGGUCCAACACAAGGGGGGGUAAUAAUCUUUUUAGGAACCAGAAUUCUCUGCUGCCAGUGUUUCUCCUUCAACACAAAACACCACGUGUAUUCAGAGACCCGCAGUGGCUGCCUGUACCGUUGUCAUCAUUCCCAGAAGAGAGGAGAGGGCACGCGUGUUUUGACUUUGGUGCUCAGGCAUAAGGGGAUGGAACUGCUGCAGCAACUUAGGAGACUUGCUUUGGAUGUCUGCCAGUUGGCUUUUUCCCCUCUAACAACGAAUCAUCAGAGGCUGAACAUCUGAUGAGAGUGCUAAUCAAAUGAAUCAUCUUCUGUUCUGAUUUAUUUUUUUCCUGGCAUGCUUACUGAUUUAUGGGUCAAAAUGCAGUAUCCCCUUUUUAUUUAAAUGCAAAUAUCAAACAUUUCAAUCGAUCUAUGUCAUUGACUUUUAUCCCAGUCAAAUUUGAUACUUUGAGGGGUGGGAGGUGGCUUCAGGAGACGUUAAUCUGGAGGAAAAGGGGAUGCUGCACCAUUUUUCAAAUUUACUUUUCACUUAUCCAAAAACUACCCUUUUCUUGUUUCUAAUACUUUCUGGUGUGCUCAGACAGGGAUCUUUCAGAAGGGUUGGGAACCUCCUCUCGUUGGUCCAGCAACAAACUAAAGUUAACAACAAAAAAUGUAGCAAGUUCUCAAAAUAUUUUUUUGUAUCAUCUAAUUCAAUGUAUUUUUCAGAAAUGCGAUAAUGGCACGUGCAGUGUGUAAAACUGCUAAUACAGACUAUGGAAUGGUGUAUGUACCUAUUUUAAAAGUUUUAUUUUAAAUGAGGGUGCAGGUGAAUGCCAGGUACCUUACCAAUGUAUAAGGUUUUCAUAAACAGGAAAAAACAGUUCUCAGGUUGAAGUGAAAAAAAAAAAUACAAAAAUCGCCCCCGCCCCUGAAUUAGACAUUCUGCAAAUUGUGUUUUGGUACUUAGAGAGCUUUUUUAAAAGGAUUUUUAUCCUGUUAACUCAGUGUUCUCUGAUAAGUGUGUGUGUAAAUGUGGAGCAUCUUGUCCCAAUGGCAAGGUGUUAGAUUUAAAAAACAAUCAACUACUACAAAAAACGGUACUUGCUGGAUCCACGCUGGCCUUUUCUCCUCUCAUCGGUUCUCUCUGUUUGACUCUCUUAUUCCUAUCCCUCCAUUUUUCCCUUUUCCACAGUUUGCAAACUAGGAUAAAGGUGGCAGUAUCCACAUUAGUUUCCCUUGUUUCCCUGUCCUCCAAGCCCAGUUCUCAAAUGGUUAGUAGCUUUGUGACAAGCUACCAAGUCAGAAGACAAAUUUGUAAAGUUCAGCACAGUGUUUACCUCUAGUAGAAUAUCUUGUGAUGUGAUCUGUUUGCAGAAUUCUCCGAUAUGUGGUAUUAAACAUAAAUUAUUUGUACAGAGGCAAGUCAGACCAUAGUAGAAAGAACUUCAAGCUCACAUGGAAGUCUUCAGAGUUCAAUUAAUAUCUGUCCUGUCCCACUCUACAUGAGGCAGAAGAAUUGAUGCCACUAAUUGGCAGCACUAUUCUUAGGUGACUAAAGUCAUGUGAGUCAUGUAAAGGAGUUAAAUGUGUACAGACACACAUGGCGUUGGCUCAACACAUUGUUUCUGCCUCACUAGGUGAGUGGGGACCUUUACUGUGUGCCCUUGGAGAUAUAGGUAGCCUGUUAUGUUUUGUUGAUUAUUAUUUACUGUGGUUAAGGGGUCCUGAUUAAUUUGAAGUGAGAAAUAUAAUUGAAAUACUGUGUAUUCAUGUUAAUUCCACAAACAGCAGCUAGACAGCAAUAGGGAGUGACAUGAAGUUACUACAAGGAUGAAGCAAUUCAUGUUGCUACAUGAAUAGAAUUGAUUUUAUGUACAGGAUGCAUUUUAACAAACAAGCACAACUUUUUUCUUCUCUGCUGUGGGUCUUCAGAUACUAUUAGGUUUUUUCCUUCCUGAAAUGGGCAGGAAUUAAAAUAAUGAGUAGUAGCGUGUACUGUACUUUCCAGUGUGGAGAAGCAAGCAAAGUGAGCAGUAGUGCACAGUCAGGUGAAAUCAUCAUGCACCAUGGUAGUGUAAUGGCAGUAUACAAUGCCAUCUGAGGCAUGUGACAGACCAAGGUGGAAAAAGCAAGGAACCAAGUUGUCAGCAACAGUUGAGAAUUUUUACCCAUAUUAACUCCAAGAGAGUGAAGUCAUUACAGGAUCAAUGCUUUUCCCUCAACCAUUUUUUUUUUUUUUUUGGCCUGUGAUGUAGCUUGUAAAUGUAGGGCACAAUGAAAAUUACAUAUGCUCCUAAAGAAAGGUAUAGUCUAAAUAUGUAUUCUAGGUUAAGAAUUAUCAUUUCAACAUAGUGGAUAAAAAUCCUAGUUUCCUUCUAUAUUUUCUUGCUGGCAGAGAAGUAUUUGUUAAAAUAAAACAGUAAGGAAUGAUUUUUUUAUCCUUGUUUUAAAUGAAUUUAUUUUGUAAUCCUUCAUUACCUGUUAGUCUACAAUAUGCUUCUUGAGCCCACAGGAAAAGCACAAGGAAAAUGGCUAUCCUUGUCCAUGCAAAGCACUUUAUAAGUAAUACAUGGUCUUUGAUUUCCCCCACCCCCAAAAAACAUGUAUGUUGUUUGACUGUUGUUUAGUUAAGUCUUUCAGGUUUCAUUUCUAUUACCUUCCAAGGUUUUUUCUCUUAAAGUAGCUGUAAUGCUUUGUUUUUGUCCAGCUUUCUAUCUGUAUAAAGACCACCUUAAUCCUCAUGCAAAACUUUGGGAAAAUUUGGUUUGUAAAUAAUUGUUUUUCUUCAUUUCUUUUCCUUCAGAAAUUACUAAGGACGUUUUGCAUGAAAAUAGGAUCAAUUUUAAAGGUGCCUUGCGGGUGUUUGGUAAACAGUGAGACAGUAGCAUGGACAUGUAUUGAAAGCCCCAGAUAGCAAGGGGAUGAAGAAAACAAUGAACUCUUUUAAAAAAAAUAAAUAAAAUUCAGGCUCUCUGUUCACACCAUACAGCUUCAGCUCAUCUGUGAUUCCCCGGCUCAGUGCACUAGGGCAUAAACCCACAUGCUGGGUUUGGUAAUUUUAUUAAAUAUUUUAUACCUGUUGGGAUAUAAAAUUAUCUAGGCACUUAUACUGCUUUAAGAUCCAACAUAUCUGAGCAGAUAAUAAACCUUUUCAAAACCACCACUUGAGCACCCAUAGUCCAAUUCCGUGCUCUUGUGGAAUACAUUAGCUGUGAAACACCCCUUCUUCCCCCAUAUACAGAAAUUAGAAAAUACUUGUCCUAUCAUCUAGUCCCAUCUCCCUGUCAAUGCAGGGUUCUUCCCUACAGUAUAUUUUCUGGGGCACCGUGGUGGCAUUGAAGUCAAAUGGAGUGAACGUAGGAGCCUGAUUAUUUUUAAGGUAACAGGAUCAGUUAAAUGCUUAAUGUCUCUGUAUUCAACAUAGUCCUGCCAUUCUCACUUUUCACAAAACAUUUGCAGGUCACUGGAUUAAUCUGUUCCUGCUUGCUUUAUCCCUUACCUGAAAUCACCCUUUCUCACAAUUGAGUUCUUUGGCAAUUACUGAUAAUACAGAUUAUUUUGGGUCAAAUUCUGCCCUCAUAUUUCUGUGGCUUCUACUUAAGUCAGCUGGAGGUAUAUGUGCUCUUUAGAGGACAACAUUUGGCCUACUAUGACAUGAAGUGAAUAAACAGAAGUGUGAACUGUUAACAAAGAUCACAUCUUUAUGCAAAUAUCCAGUGGUAAAAACAUACUAAGAAUUGCCUCUAUAGUUGUAUUGUGCUGUCUAUGUACACGGUGCUUUACUGAACACUUUGAAGACAAGGUCCAUUCCCCAAAGACACAAUGAUCUAAUAUCAGUUCAGGCAUCGGUAGUUCUUGAAGGUAUCUGUGUAGUGGAGGGCCGAAUUAAGAGCUGAAGUGUGCAAACGUUUCACACCUUUCCAGCCUGCGGGUUUUUAUGGAAUAUAUUCCCUUCUUGACUGUGAGUGCAGCAUGUGUAGCACAAACUAUUCAGAGUACUGUAGACAAGUAUCUUUCCGUCCAUUGAAACAAUGUCACCAGGACAUAACAUGAUAGUCUAACCUGUUAGGUACAUUCGAGAUUCAGUUGAAAAGCAGUUGCAUAAGGACUGUCAUGGCAUCACUUUGAAAAUACUGGAUGUUUUGUCUCAGUGGUUUGGUUUUUAUUUUCUUUAUAGAUACUAGUUUAUCUCAUGCACACACACACAUUUUCUUUAUAGAUACAAGUUUAUAUCACACACACACACACACUCUCUCUCUACCUACCUACCUACCUACCUUUCUUGGCUGCUUUAUUAUUUCUUAUCUGGUAAAUCAAUUAAUCAGAAACAGAUGUUGAGACAAUUGGAGUAAACAUUUUGUUUGUCUUUAGGUUUUAAAGAUGCUAAUAUAGAAGCUAAUCAGCACAAGAGCGGUGAAUAGUAAUAGUCGUGUGUGUGUGUGUGAUGAAGGCAGUUUUUCAAAAAUAGCAGGAUGAGGAUGCUGAUGUGAACAAACUGAAGAAGUGAAAGCUAGUAAUAUUUAUAUAGAAAAGAUAUCCAGAAACUCUCUUAAAUGGUAUACAUGGGGCUUCCCAAAAGUUACCUUUGCAAUUUGCCAAAUGAUCUUGUGCCUUCAUGACUUAAAACAACAAUACAUAUAUAUUAGGUGCUUUGUAACUAGAGCAGUGGCUUUGGUUUAAUUCCAAUGCAGUGUCUUCAUAUUUAGAUGCAAAUAUGGACCAUUCACAAAAGUUAGUAGUUUUUGAGUUUGUAAAUGUAAGCAAAAGAUAUAUGGAGGUGAUGGGGAGGGGAGAAUUUACAGAAAUAUCUGUAAAAAGGGAGAAAGAGUCCUGUGGCACCUUAUAGACUAACAAACGUAUUGGAGCAUGAGCUUUCAUGGGUGAAUACUCACUUCGUCAGACGCAUGUCUGGUGUUUGUAUCCAAACUAAAGUUCAUACGAGACAUAUGCAUGUCGGAGA